CCAAGAUUAUCUGGAGACAGGCCAAGCAUGGUCAGGAUGUUGUGGCUGAGGCUGUCGAAGUGGAGACGCGCGAUGCUGGGGCGGACGAAUCGGCACCCAAGCAAAGAGUCACCAUCAGGGCGCACAAGGAGGGUGAGCCGUUGUGCACUCGAUCGUCGCCGCUUACAGACAUGUCCGAUGCUCACCCCCCAUGCACCGCUGUUCCGCGGCCAAGUCAUUCUUGCUGGAGGCGUCUUCAACACUCCUCAGCUGCUAGAGCUGUCAGGUGUCGGCGAUGCAAAACUCUUGAGCUCUCUAGGCAUCGACAGCGUUGUGGACCUGCCAGGCGUAGGCGAAAACUUGAAAGGUGAGCAGGGUCGCAAACGUUUUCCGCAGAUGGCGUGCGGCUGCUGAGCCUCGUCCAAUGUUGGCGCUGGCCAGACCACCCUUGCUUCCAGUCGCAAUUUCAAAUCAAGGGGCCAUACAGUUUGGACAAUAUCAUCCACGACCAAGCCUUUAU